CGUUCGCGUCACAUCGCGCGCGAAAUAAUACCAUUUCUACCCGGUACUCGUGUGUUAAGUUCUGUGUAUUGUGAAUUAAAAAAUUUAAGACUUGUAUGACUAAACGUCGAGAUCAAAUUAAUUUAAACAUUUGUAUACAUCGCGACUGCAUGUAACUAUGUAUUUUGUAAUAUUAUUUGUAAUUACUGUACUUAAAGCAUUUCACUACGCAAACAGCGAAGAUUUUGGCUACGAUGGAGUAAUAGGUCCAGUGCAUUGGGGUGAGCGGUAUCAAGAAUGCAGAGGCAAGCACCAGAGUCCUAUCGACAUCAACGUGCUACGCGUCAAGCAGGUCGCUCUCCCGGACAUCACUUUCAUCGGCUUUGACGACUCUAUCGAUGAUGUACACGUCACGAACAAUGGACAUACCGUGUUAAUUGAAGUUGAGAAUGAACCGCAUCCCCGAGUUAGUGGCGGUCCUCUCGACGGUGACUACAUUUUCAGCCAGAUGCAUUUUCACUGGGGCGAUAACGAUACAUUCGGUUCUGAAGACAAGAUAAAUCAUAGAAGUUUUCCUAUGGAGCUACAUAUGGUGUUCUUCAAAGAGGAAUACAAAACUCCUAACGACGCGGUACGACAUUCGGACGGCCUUGCGGUUCUCGCCUUCUUUUAUGAGCUAGAUCGUCAUCAACACCCAGCUUACGAUGACAUAACAUCAGCGUUAUCAAACGUGACAGAACCUCAUACGAGUGUGGUAAUGAACCAUCCCUUCUCGUUCCUCAACAUACUACCUUACGAUUUGAACCGCUACUUCACGUACAGAGGAUCUCUGACUACUCCGCCUUGUUCUGAAGUUGUCAUAUGGCUUGACUUCGAGCAGCCCGUGAGAUUAGCUCAUGAUCAGAUAGAAGUAUUCAGGGAGCUACGAUCCGCAACUGGUAAAAUUCGACACAACUUCAGACCGAUACAACCUAUAGGAGAUCGCGUUGUUUUCUACAACAUAGAUAAUAAAUAUUUCAGUUACAAUGAAGUCGACGAUCCCAAUGAAGAUAUUCCAAAAAGAAAAAAAGGACACAAUAAUAGUUAUGGAUUAGUUAGCAGCGUUUAUACUGUACUUAGUUUAAUUAUAAUCAAUGUAAGUUUGCUUUAAUUUAGAAAAUAA